AACCUUUGGCUGGACACCUUGUCAAAAUUCUUUUGGAAGUCCAGGGAUAUAAUGUUUACCUGAUCACCCUUCUCCGCAUGCUUGUUAACCUGGUCAAAAAAACCCCUCCCUCCAUAAGGUUGGUGAGGCAGGAUUUCCCCUUGCAGAAGCCAUGCUGACUUUGUUGCUUUGUGUGCUUAAUAAUACUAUCUGUAAUAAUAAUAUCUUAGAAUAACAGUUCUAAUAAUUCUGCCUUCAAUGACAGUUUACCUGGAACAGAUGUUAGGCUAACUGUGCUGUAAUUCUCUAGAUCCCAGGAUGCCAGCCAAAAGCAUUUCCACUCUUGUUUCAAUCUCCAAGUAUCAUUGGUCCUUUCUGCACUGCACAAAAAAAAUGAACUAGGACAGGGAAAAAAAUGUUUGAGGACGAAUCCUAUCAGUUUUUCCCCCCAAAUGCUCUCAGGACAUUUUAUUUCGGCUCAACCCAGGGUUUUUAGAAAACGGGAAACUAGCAAUUCUUUUUCAUCAAGAUGGGAUCAAGUCGUUUCCUGCUUGCUGUGCAGAGAGCAGGAAACAUAUUAUUUUUACCACCAAGUAAUCUUGAAGGCUCUUACUUUCAUUUUUGCUGAUCGCCCCCACCAUUUUGUGCUGCUGCAGAGAUCACAGAACAGCUCUUCUUCAGCUGGCCAUUUGGUGAAGGUUUCCCAUGAAGGUUUCCUCUGCUUGCAGCUCAUCUGUGCUCGAUUUCACUAUAAAAAGUACAUGAAUAAAGUUUGUUUUGCCUGGUAAUUGCAUGCACGUGUCAUUUUUCUUUUUUUGCUUUUUUUUGUUUUGAGGGAGCUGCCUGUGAAGAUGCGAGGACACGAUACAAGAAUCUGCAAUACGUGCAUAUUUCGAGUCGUCAUAGCUUUGCAAACAGCUUCCUCAAAACAAAAAGAAACAACAUGUUUGGGAUUGCCAGGCAAAACAGACUUUAUUCAUGUACUUUUUACAAUGAAAUCUCGCACAGAUUCAGAGAACAGUAUGGCUGCUACUGCUGCUGUCAGCCCCAGCGAGUAUUUGCAGCCUGCUGCUUCAACAGCCCAGGAUUCUCAGCCAUCUCCACUAGCCCUGCUUGCUGCCACAUGUAGCAAAAUUGGUCCUCCAGCUGUGGAAGCAACUGUCGCCUCUCCGACCCCUCCUCAGCCCGCCCCUCGGAAACUGGUCCCCAUCAAGCCCGCUCCCCUCCCAUUGAGCUCCAAUAAGAACAGCAUUGGGAUCUUGUCCUCCAAAGGCAACCUCUUCCAGAUCCAGGGCUCCCAGUUGGGAACAUCCUACCCUGGUGGGCAGCUUGUGUUUACUAUCCAGAAUCCAACUGUGAUCAACAAAGGGGCCCGCUCGCCUGCCAACAUCCAGUACCAGGCUGUUCCACAGAUCCAGACGGCAUCAGGACAGACCAUCCAAGUGCAGCAGAACUUGGCCAACCAGAUACAGAUUAUUCCCAGCACCAUCACGUCUUCCCCCUCUUCCACCUCUGCCUCCUCUUCCUCCUCUGCUUACAAGCCGGUGCCAAUCAAGCCAGCCCCAGCUCACAAGACCCCGCAAGCGUCUGUCCACAACGCAAGUAACGUUGUCAAGUUAACUGGCGCCAGCGGUAACGUCACUCUUACCCUUCCCAUGAGUAAUCUGGUGAGUGCUGGGGAUGCUGGAGCUCAGCCUCAGAUUGUCCCAGAGAGCCCCUCAAAGCCAAGCAAGAAAGCCCGGAAGAAAGCGAUGUCACCAGCGCAGACGACUGCCAUGGCUGUGACGGAGCAAGUGGAGACGGUCUUGAUAGAGACCACGGCCGAUAACAUCAUUCAGGCAGGGAACAACCUGUUGAUUGUGCAGAGUCCUGGUUCUGGCCAGCCAGCGGUGGUCCAACAGGUGCAAGUGGUCCAGCCCAAACCGGAACAGCAGGUAGUUCAGAUCCCCCAGCAAGCUCUGCGGGUUGUCCAGGCGGCUUCGGCCACGCUGCCUCCCGUCCCCCAGAAGUCACCACAGAACUUCCAGAUCCAGACGCCUGAGCCAAUUCCCACUCAGGUCUAUUUCAAGACUCCCUCUGGUGAGCUGCAGACAGUGCUCCUCCAAGACGCCCCAGCAGUUACGGUGGCUCCUUCCCCCACCGCCUCCUCAGCCACGUCAUGUAGCAGCCCUGCCCCCCGUGGCUCCCAGGCAGGAGGAAGUACCAAAAAGACGGGGGCUCGGAAGGAGCGUGCCCUGCCAAAGAUUGCCCCUGCCGGAGGCAUCAUCAGCCUCAACGCAGCUCAGCUGGCCGCUGCUGCCCAGGCUAUGCAGACGAUCAGCAUCAAUGGGGUGCAAGUUCAAGGUGUUCCCGUCACCAUUACCAACACCGGAGGCCAGCAACAGCUGACUGUGCAAAAUGUCUCUGGCAACAACCUGACCAUCAGCGGCCUGAGCCCCACCCAGAUUCAACUACAGAUGGAGCAGGCGCUUUCGGGGGACUUACAGCCUGGGGAGAAGAGACGGCGGAUGGCAUGCACCUGCCCGAACUGCAAGGAUGGGGAGAAAAGGUUGGGGGAUCAGGGGAAGAAGAGGCACAUCUGCCACGUGCCUGAAUGCGGGAAGACCUUCCGCAAGACCUCCCUGCUGCGGGCCCAUGUGCGCCUGCAUACCGGAGAGCGCCCUUUCAUCUGCAACUGGAUCUUAUGCGGGAAGCGGUUUACACGCAGCGAUGAGUUGCAGCGGCACGCACGGACUCAUACAGGUGACAAGCGUUUCGAGUGCGCCCAGUGCCAAAAGCGUUUCAUUCGAAGUGACCACCUGACGAAGCACUAUAAAACUCACCUGGUCACCAAGAACUUAUAGGGCUGGAUGCAAAAGACGGGGGUGCAGUCCUGAGGGUAUCAGUGACCUCAUUGCUGUGUGGGGACAAAGGACCGAAAAAUCCCCCCCAAGCAACACUCCUGACUGGGAAUGUCGGCUUUCCCAGACACCUCUUUGCAAGGAAAGGGAGGAAAGGCCAGUGUGGCUUCCGUUGAAAGCCCCUACCUCCUGGCACAGUCCUUGGAACCAUCUCGGAAGGUGCAGCGGGCGGCGUGGCGCCAGUCUGGGAUGAAGGAGGAGCAACAUCACUUCCAAAUGAAUCAGCUAAAAGCAGCACAAACUCCAGGAGUGGGCAGGAAAGAGGUUGGGGCAGUAGCAAGGCGGAGCCCUCCCCGCAAAACAAUCCUUGGGAGCCCACAAAGCAAUUUUUUUACUCCAUUGCACCAAAGGACCUGCCUAUGUAAGUGAUAGUAAAACCAGCUCUCCCACCCCCCACCCUUGUAGUCCCGGCUCCCUCUUCCCGCCCCCAUGUGCUUGUGAAGCUUUUAAUGGGGGACAGGGAUGCCACCUAAAAACGGGGCUGUCUGUAUCUUCCCCCAGCACAUUCCUACUUUAUAUUUAAAAUUAUAAAUAUAAAUAUCUAUAUCUAUAUAUAUUUAAAAAGCCUCCUUAGGAAGCCCUGUUUUUUCUACAGAGAACGUUGCCUUAUAUCCCCCCAUUUCCCCGCCCGGUUCCAAAUUAUGUAUUGCGUGCAGGCUUUUAAAAAUAAAACGUUUCCUUGACAAAAGAAGGAAACGAAACCUUGCCCUUCCAAAUGAUGCAAAGGAAAUCCAAAGCGCUUGCAUCAGCACCAAACACGGGACCCAGUUCCAUUUACAGGUCUGCGAAUUGGGGCCUUCUCUGCAUGUAGCAGGGCUUUGGGGGGGGGGGGGUGCAUGGGAAAAGCCCAUGUGCAAAAGUCCCCCUUCCCUCCCAUGACAGCUCUCACCUGGGGAGAGUCUCCUAGCUCCAGUAGAAGGCACCUCCAAGGCCUGGGGAGGGGAACUCUGUGGGGCAUGAUAAUAUAUUAUUCUGCACAGCUCGGUUUGGCCGCUUGUGCGCAGCAGGCUCUGCGGAUCUGUGGGAAGAGAAUGCGGCAGUCCAGUGCCAAGUUUUUGUUUUAUUUGUGUACUGAAACACAUGCAUUCUCUUUCCACAUCUUCUCUUUAUCGGAUUUCUUCACCAACCAACCCCCCCCCCUUUUUUUUCUUUUUUUAAAGUCUCUCGAUAACAGCCCCUUUCUAUGUAUUAUAGUGUAUAUUGUAUCAUAGACUAUAUAUUGCAUUGUGUUUCCUACAUGUUUCAAAAACAUACGGCUUGUUAUUUUUGAGCUUUUAAAUUAAAAAAAAAUCCACUUUAUUUUUUAGUUGUAAUGGCUUGAAGUAUGUUCUUCUUUAAUUAAGUGUCAAAUCCUUGUUAUUUUUUUAUUAACAAUGUAACUUGGCCAGCUGACGUGAGGCUGGCCCAGGGGAGAAACAAUCACAUCUCUUGAUUAAAUAAAUUUAGUUGUCAAAAGCAAACGCAA